AUGAAAGCUUAUGUGCCACCUAUUCCCUUCCUAAAAGGUUACAGAGAAAGAAGUUGGACAAGUAGUUUGCCAAGUGCAAUAGCCCAAAUGUCCAACUAUGUAAAAUUCUUGAAAGAGAUCCUAUCUAAUAAAAGGAGGUUGGAAGAACAUGGGACUGUCUGCCUGAACGAGAAGUGCAGUGCAAUUCUAUUGAAAAAGUUGUCUCCUGAACUAAAAGACCUAGGGAGUUUCACGAUACCUUACACAAUUGGGUCUAAUUAUUUUGAGCAUUUUUUAUGUGACUUAGGUGCUAGUGUUAACCUUAUGCCUCUCUUUGUUUACAGGUCUCUUGGAUUAGGAGAAGCAAAACCCACAAUCAUCUCUUUGCAAUUGAUCGACAGAUCGAUCAAACGACCAAAGGGGAUUAUUGAAGAUGUGCUAGUCAAAGUUGGCAAAUUUAUUUUUUCGGCUGACUUCAUUAUUUUGGACUUGGAGGAGGACUUAAAAAUUCCUUUGAUCUUGAGAAGACCAUUCUUGGCUACUGGAAGAGUACUGAUUGAUGUUUACAAUCAAAAGAUGAUUCUUCGGGUAGACAAUGAGCAAGACAUAUUUAACAUAUUCGAGGAAAUAAAACAUCCAAUGACUUCUAACACUUGCUGCCAAAUAGAUGUUUUUGAAGAGCUUGUGGCAGAUACAUUUGAGACAGAGCAUCAUACAAAUCUUUGUGAGGCAGAACUUGCGCAACCGGAAGCAAUAAAUGCAGGAAAAGCUGAAUGUGUUGUCAACUUGGUGAGCAACUAA